AUGGAUUUGAAAAUAGCAAUGAUCCUCCUAUUCCACAUGGUCGUUGGAAUCCUGGGAAAUUUCUCACUCAUGUACCAUUACACCAACUUUUACUUCCAUGGAUGCAGGUCAAGGUCCACAGACUUGAUUCUCAGUCACCUGACUGUAGCCAACUCCUUGGUCAUUCUCUCUAGAGGAAUCCCAGGGACAAUAGCAGCUUUUGGGUUGAAAGAUUUCCUUGAUGUUGGAUGCGAACUUGUUUCAUUUCUUCACAGAGUGAGCAGGGGAGUGUCCAUUGGCACCACCUGCCUCUUGAGUGUCUUCCAGGCCAUCAUCAUCAGCCCCAAGAACUCCAGGUGGGCAAAGCUUAAGCUAAAAGUCCUAAAGUAUGUUGGCCCCUCCAAUAUCCUCUACUGGAUCAUGCACAUACUGGUAAAUACCAUUUUUCCUAUUUACAUGCUGGUAAAGGGGAGUAACAAAACCCUAACCAAAAACAAAAAUGACUGGGGAUACUGUUCUGUUCCACUUCAUGACAAUGUUACUUUCACACUCUAUGCAGCAUUGAUAUCCUCCCGUGAUGUUUUGUUCUUAGGACUCAUGGCCUGGACCAGUGGCUCCAUGGUUUUCAUCCUGUACAAACACAAGCAGCGGGUCCAACACAUUCGUAGGAACAAUCUGUCCCCACAAGCCUUCCCUGAGACCAGAGCCAGCCAAAACAUCCUUGUUCUGGUGAGCACCUUUGUGCCCUUUUAUGCCCUCUUCUGCAUCAUUUAUGCUUAUUUGGCUGUUUUUGAUGAUUACUGUGGGUGGCUGGUGAACAUUUCUGCACUAAUCACUGCAUGUUUUCCAACAAUCAGCCCCUUUGUUCUGAGCAGUGACCCCCUUGUAUUGAAACUUUUCUGUGUCUGCUGUGGAAGGAAUACACAAUUUCCACCCCUUACUAAAAAAACACCAUUUGUAUAUUUGCACCAUGUUCAGUCAUUGAUGAACUCAUCCCUCACAGAAUCUUGA